AUGCUCCGAGCGUCUGCAAGCGUCGAGCCGGCGACACUGCUCCAAGAAAUAAAGACACUCGGAAUUCCCAUCCUGCCCGCGGCGUUUGGUGUUGUUCUCCCAUUUGCACAUUGUCCACUUUUUUUUAUUAUCGUUGGCCAUCUUGUUCGGCCGCCCCGUCCAGUCCGUCUGUCUGCCUUGUCCACCCAAACGGUCCCCCUCUCCAACCGACGACGUCCAUCCUCCGGCGCAAAGAUCCACCCAGUCGAGGUCACCACUGACAUCACCGGCCCGGCGCAAAGCUCAGCUCGCAGUCUGAUCGGCAACUUGGGCACCCGUCACGCGAUACCAACCACAUCAGCGGCUCAUCCCACCGGCGCUCCGUCUUCUCCGGUUCCGAUAUUCCUCCCUCUCAACCCCCCCACCCACCGGCCGCUCUCCGUAGACGAGACCCAACCAAACCACCCGACCGCCCCGAACAUGGCCGACGUUGACAUGACCGACGCCCCCACCGCCGGUGCUGGUGCCGUCGAGAAGAAGAAGGUCGCCAAGGGCGGCGACGCCGAUGCCAAGGGCGAGAAGAAGCGCUUCGAGGUCAAGAAGUGGAAUGCCGUGGCCCUGUGGGCUUGGGACAUUGUCGUCGACAACUGCGCCAUCUGCCGAAACCACAUCAUGGACCUCUGCAUCGAGUGCCAAGCCAACCAGGCCUCGGCCACCAGCGAGGAGUGCACUGUCGCUUGGGGUAUCUGCAAUCAUGCUUUCCACUUUCACUGCAUCUCCCGAUGGUUGAAGGCAAGACAGGUGUGCCCGCUGGACAACAGAGAUUGGGAAUUCCAGAAGUAUGGUCGAUAA